GUUAACUGCUGGAAUGGAGAAUCACUUGCUUUAUUACGUAUCUCUUGAAAGUGGGCGUGGUCUCCUCGUAUCCCCUAGCAACGAGCAGGUCAGCAGUCAACCAGUUCACAGUCAGCUACUGAUCACUUUCCGUGAGACUGCGUCAGCCAUUCACACCAUCUUACACCAGAAGAGGAGAGAGGAACAAGAGGAGAAUGUAUGGGAGGAAGAGGAGGAGGAGGAGGUAUCAUCAGUUUCCUCAAUGAAAGACAGUGAUGGUGUGUUUAGUUUAAGAGGGAGUUCAGUGAUAGAACAUGGAGUAUUAGUAUCAUGUACCACACUAUCAACAAGAGGGGGAGGAGUAGGAGGAGGAGCUAAGAAUAUUCACGGGUCAUUAGCUAAUCCUCCUAUACUCAACUACUGGAUAAUAGGGAGGUUAUUUGAGGAGAGAGAGUUGUACAUUUGCUAUCAGGAGAACAUGUCACAGUCAUCUGUUGAGAUUAUUUUUAAAUUGCUGUUUGGAUCAAACAUAUUUUAAAAAUUCUUCUAUUUUUUA